GGUUCGAUGCUCUUGAAACAAGGAUAAUCAGAUAGAGUAUUAGAUUGACAAAAAUGAAGUUUUUAGAACAUUAUAAUAUUCUAGUUGAAUUUUAUUUUGAUUUUUAAAAAAAUUAUUUUAAAAACCAAGCUAUACUUAGGAAGCUCGUCUAUAUAAAGGAUUUGACCGUAACUAUCAGUUCGCAAUUGAGGCAUUUAAGGAACAGAAAUAUUCACGAAAUUAGGUUAUCUGUGCUACCACUUGAUAAGGAACCUAGAGACGAGAAUCAUUUUUCGUACCAACUUCUUUAAUUGAGUUUGGCAUAAUUAAUAAAUUCGGGAAAGUUCUAUACAUAUUUCGUGUUUUAACAGUUGGCCAACAUUUUUUAUUAUACAGAAUAAUUUCCCGUAAAGGCUCAAAAAUUAAUCAGAAGUGAAAUUGGAUUGAGCGUCGAAGCAUUUCACUUCAUCAUGGACGCGUCUAAAUCAGCAAAGUUAUACCAAACCAAAACAGUGGAAGUUCAACAAAAAUAUGGCAAGGAAUUGUUAAAUCACAUUGACUUGCAACCAGGUUAUAAAGUUGGCGAUAUUGGAUGUGGUUGUGGGAAUCUUGCUGCAGAGAUGUCAAAAUUGGUAGGUGAUACUGGGAAAGUGAUUGCCAUUGACCCUGAUGUGAAUCGUAUCAAAGUUGCUAAGCGAGAAUACGGAACAUUGAAGAAUGUUCUGUUUUCUCCCUGCAAAAGCACCCAGUUUCCUGUAAACGAAGAAAAGCCGUAUGAUGCAUUCGUUAGCAAUGCUGUUUUGCAUUGGAUUCCAACAGAUGAAAAAAGGAUAACGUUUAGGCGUAUCAUGCGGUCAUUGAAACCAGGUGGUCUCUUCGUUGGAAAUAUCUCUUUUAAUAGAUCUAUUAACAUGUCUCUUGCUGCAUCGCUACUGACGGAGGAAGAGCAGGAUGAAAUUACGGGUAUGUAUUACAGAGAGAAUGCUGAGAUUUUGCACGAAUUGCUUGAUGAAGCCGGAUUUGAGACAGUGGAGUUUAAGUACCGAUAUCGAGAGGUAAAUAUGGGCAGCGUGGAUAACUUUCUCGAGUGGAUAACAAGUACGUAUUAUGGAAAGUUUGAUUUUAAGUCAGCUUACAACAGACGCAAAGAGAACGUAAACUUUUGCAGACAUGAAAAUGGAGACCUCAAGCACACUUCAGAAGGAGCCUUAUUUGUAAUGAAGAAACCGGAAUAAUGUCAAUCGAUGAACCAACGCAACAUAACCUUCAGAACCAUAUUUUUUUAAUUUUUGUUUUCUCCGUUCAAUACCCAUGACGUGUGUUAAUUUUGAGAAUUUAAGAAAAUAUGAUAUGUUAUUACAACAAUAAACACAA